UUUUGGCCAAAGUAGUCCAAAUUUGGACAAAUUUUCUUUUAAAAAUAAGUUUUAAAAAAAUCUUAAAAUUACAUUAAUUCAAAAUAUCUUAAAUGAUCAAUAUGGUAUUUUUUCCGCGGCCCAUCCAUUUUAAGUUUUGGGCAGUUUUUGUAAGAUUCUGUCAAAUAUCUUCAAAACUCAAAGUUUUCAAAAAAAUCUAUUUUUUUACAUUAAUUCAAAACAUCUUAAAUGAUCAAUCUGAGAAAUUUCAGCUAAUUUAGCCCAGCCAUUUAAAAUUUCUCCACUACUUUGUGUCUAUGACUAUCGGGGCCCGGUCAUCUGAUUUGUUAUCAACUGGUUGAUUUGUGUUUUUUUGUCUUAGCUCAACCUUUAAAGCUGUUUAUUUGUGCAAUUUCCUCUGUUAAGAAAUUCUCAAUAUAGUUAAGGAAUAACAAAACCAUUAUUUUAGCUGUUACAGUCGUUCUCUACCUUGGAACUAUCAGCCAUUCAGCAACUGGCACCUCUUAUCCAGUACCUUGCCUAAUUAGCUGCUUACAUAGAGUACAUCCCAAGUGAUGAUCUGGUGAUAAAAUUGUCUGUUCCUCCUUGUUUUCUCCUAAAACUUCAGCAUAAUACCCCAUCUCCAUAUCCAAAGCCAAAGAACGGAAGCAACAAGGCCCAUACAUGCAUGGUCGAAAACUCCCAAAGACGCAUGAAAGCGUAUACUAGCUCGCACGAGCUGCUAUGCUAGCGCCUCUAUAUUCAGCAGUCACCCGCAACUAGCUAGGAUGGUCACCGCUUCCACUGCGCUCUCCGUCGCCGCCCUGGUGGCCGGCGUGACGCUGAUGCUCAUCGUCCACGUCCUCGUGAUCUUCUGGGCUCUGCGGCGGGGCACCGCCCAGGCCUCCGGCGCCGACCUGGAGCGUGCCGUGGACCACGCCUGCGGAGGCAAAGGCAAGGGCCUGUCGUCCGCGGAGAUCGAAACGCUGCCGUGCCACGACUUCAAAGCCGCCGUCGGAGGCGGCGGGGACUGCGCCGUGUGCCUGGAAGCGUUCGAGUCCGGCGACCGGUGCAGGCGGCUCCCGAGGUGCGAGCACAGCUUCCACGCGCCGUGCGUGGACUCGUGGUUGAAGAAGAGCCAGUGCUGCCCCGUGUGCCGCGCCGACGUGGUUGACCGGCCCACGGCCGAGGCGAAGGUGGCUGGAGAGGGAGAGGCGCCGGCUCUGACGGUGGAGAUGGCGGAGAGGACAAACCCCGCCGCGCUGGAGGUCGUUGUCGAAAGGCUGCAACGGUAUAGCUGGGGUCCUCAUGCCGUCACCGUGUUACUCUAAGAUUAAUUCGUGUUGUUUGUGCGAGCAGUAACUAAGCUCUUUCGCAUUUUGCAGUGUGUAUAGUCAAUCCUUUCGAAUGAAACAUUUGUAUUUGAUCAAUGAGGCACGAUUUUGUAAACAUACCUUGCUUCGACAUCCUUGAAAUUGUAGUACCACAUAAUUGAAGGGAAAAUACCUUUGGAACAUGGUGGUAAUUACACCUGAUAACUGAUUUUAUUUUCCAAAAUCAGAAAAAAUCAAAACAUUCCAAAUCUUUUUCCCAACAAACUUGAGCGUUUCUGUCGUACAAAAAUAUUCUGUAACCAAAUAUUCUCUGACAAAAUUCUGACAAAU